CUCUGUCACUAGACUAGGUCCAGGUAGGGACUCACUAGGGGAAAAACCCCCAGAGUCCCUGCUCCCUGGCCUCGAUCAGGAAACAGAACUGGAGGGGGCAACACAGAUUCCUGGUGCCCUUAUGUGGAGACCCCUGUGCCAGGGGCAUAGAUGUAUCACCGUGGGGGAGAGGUCAGCAGCCGAUGAUGUCACCAGUGACUGAACCGGUGACAUCACUGGAGGUCCCAGGCUGCCAAGCGUUAUGCUAGCAUCUGUACACUGUUCUGCGUGAGUGUGCUAGAGAGAGCAAGGGAGCUGGCUGGUGGAAGAACCUGGAGAACAGCCCAGGGCAUCUUGCUGUGGGAUUGAAAGAGAAAGGAUUCUGCUCCUAGAAGGUACCAAAUUCUGGGAGGGUAUUACUGGUCCUGAAAACCCCCGUGUCAACCAGCAUGCCUGCCUGGGUUAGACUGCAGGGAAGUACUGGGCUAGGGAAGGCCUAUGUCUGAGGCACAGGGUGGGAUGCAGAAGCAUUGUGUAAGGCAGUGGUUCUCAACAUUCCUAAUGUUAUGACCCUUUAAUACAGUUCUUCGUGUUGUGGUGACCCCUUCACACAACCAUAAAAAUUAUUUUCAUGGCUACUUCAUACAUGUAAUUUUGCUACUGUUAAGAAACAUAAUGUAAACAACCUGUGUUUCCCAGUGGUCUUUGGAGAUCCCCGUGAAAAGGUCGCUUGACCCUGAAUGGUCACGAAGCACAGUUUGAGAAUCUCUGCUCUAGGACUAGUGGAUGAGAAGGGACAGGGGUAGGGAGGACAUUAACCUCCUCUCUCCGUUUUUUGUUUCCAGGCUGUGGAGAGCUAGGAUGGUCUUCCUGAGUCCUAGCCUAGGCUCCUAUCCCAACCUGACCUGCUUCUUGGGAAACUGUUUCUGGCCCCUAGUGUGAGUUUGGCUAAUUUUUCAGAUUAUGGCGGUGGAGAUGCUCCAGGGCUGGUGCAGGUGGAUGGGUGUCAGCGUUUGUAGGGGCUUGCUUAUCCUGGGCAUCCCGGAGGACUGCAGUGAAGCUGAAUUCCAAGGGUCCCUACAGGCUACCCUGCGGCCCAUGGGCCACUUUACUGUGCUUGGCAAAGUGUUUCGUGAGGAGGAUAAUGCCACUGCAGCCCUGGUUGAGCUUGACCAGGAAGUUAACUAUGCUUUGGUCCCAAGGGAAAUCCUAGGCACUGGGGCGGGGGGGGGGGGCUGGAACGUGGUCUUUGUGCCCACUUGCUCCAGUGAGGAGUUUCAUGGUCGUGUUUUCCACUUCUUGGAGCAACAAGGUGAGGCAGUGGACAGUGUACCUGGAGACCUGGGUCUGGAGCUGGACAGACUGUGCAGGCUCCAGUCAGUUAGUCAGGCAAUCCAGCCAUGCGUGGAUACCUUGCGGUACCAGUACUUGGGUAUGUUUUCUGGGAGCGUUCAGCCAGCCCCCGGGAAAGAAUCCUUUGAGGCCUGGCUAGACCACACCACUGGCAUGUUUUGGGUGUAGCAAAGGGUUCCAGAAAGGAAGAAGAGGAGACAAAUGCUGGAGGGCUUGCAGGGAACUGCUUUGUACCUUGUAAAUGGGCUGUUAGCAGAG